CCCCCGGCCCGACCCGGCCCGACCCGGCCCGUGGUGGCCGCCAUGCCGCGGUACUGCGCCGCCACCCGCUGCAAGAACCGCGGCGGCCAGAGCGCCAAGGACCAACGCAAGCUCAGCUUCUACCCGUAAGUGGCCGCGGAGCGGGGCAGGGUCUGGAUGAGCGCUGGCCGGGGGGUAGUCGUGAGCCCCACCGCGGAAGUAAAUGGCCGAAAGACUCAGCGCCACGGGUGGACCACGCUGAUGGUCGCCUUGGAAGCCUGCCUGCUCCCGGGAGGCUGGAGGGAAACGACGCUGAUCUCCUGGAGGAAUGGAGGGUGUAGGGACCCCCUGGAGGAAGGGGGGGUGUAGGGAAUAAAGAGCGGACAGCUGGGACGCAGUAGCAAAGAGCGUCCCUCGCACCAGACAGACGGAACCUGGGGGAGGGAGCGAUGACACGGCCGCGUCUGAGCGCCCUCGAAUAGGUGCAGAGGGCCCGUGAAGUGAAGAGCGAGGAGAGUUGACUAAAAAAUAACAUUUGCACUUCUGACUCCGUUUCGCUGCUGCCUCUAUGGAAGCGAUGUUCCAGCAGGACAAGGCAGUAGGGGAGGCUUUGGCUUAAUGGUGAAAAGUCUUGUGUGUGACGGUUUACAGGCCAGGUGAAGGGCCCGGAAGAGUAAGCAAGUAAACAUAAAACGAUUCCUUAAAAUUAAGCUUUGCCACUAGAAUUAUUACCUUACCUGCACUGUGAACAGAGGCAUUGGUGGUUGUUUGGAAGCAGCUGAGUUAGCUGGAACUUAGCUACUUGGGCUGCCAAAAACCAGUUAAUGGUGGCUGCAUUGUGCUGUCCAGACUCGGCAGGGACCAGUCUCACCCCAGGCCUGCAGUGACCUCUGCCCUGUUGUGGUUACGUGGCUAUCGCUUCCCAGGAUGCUGAGUUGUAAACAGUAUUUCACAAUCCUGAGAGAAGCACAGUGCAGGUAGCUAAAUAUGAAUGUAUUUGUGUAGAAUAAAAGUAUGAAACCAUUUGUCAACAGAAGCAACUUAAGAAAAAAAUGAAAAAUAAAUUUCACAAUUAGCCUCAAAAUCUGGUUAUGGUAAAAUUUAUACCUCCAGCCAGGUUUUCUUUCAGUUUCUGAUUAGUCAUAGUUAUUCCAAGAUCAGGAAGGCUGUGUAGGAAGACCUACAGGAAGACUUCUUUGAAAGAAAUUUUAUUUUAGAUUGAAAGAAAGCUUAUAUCCCUGGCACAUUUCUAAUAUGGAAUGCAUCAUAAAACAAUAAGGAAAAUAAUACUUUUCCCUUAUGCCUUAGAGAGCAUGUCAUAUGGAUAAUCAAAAGAAGUUUGAGCGCUGAGACAUGUCUGUAUUCAAAUGUACGGCAUCAGUAUGGAGAUGAUUGCCAAAACUUAGCUGGUUUAUCUAGCCUUUGAGUUGUGCUCCAUUCUGAGUUUCAUGCUCCUGUAGAAGGGGUGCUGAGAGUUGAUUUAUUGAUUUCUCUUGCCUUAUAUUAGUGACUACUGCUGACAUGAAUUGCAAGUUUUAUUCCCUUGCCUCUUACCACUGCCAAAGAAGUCCGCUGCUGCGCUGUGUUUGGGGUCUGAGCCCCUUCCAAACCUUUUGUCACCUAAUCUCAACUGGCCUAACUGCCCUUGUUUUAUUUCUUCACUUCUUUGACUUGUGUAGUGAUGGCAGCUGCUUCCUCUUUCCAUUUCCCCUUUUCUAUGUCUUGUUUACGCUAGAUUCUGUUGAUUAGUGAGGAGUUAUUGAAGCAUGAACAGAUUUUAGCAAAGUUACCUUUAAGCUAAAAUAAUAACUUUCACUGUCAGACCCUUCUCUUGCUACAGAUUGUUUUGUUUUCCAUCUAAAGCUGGUUGAGUCUGGGUAGAGCAGUGAGUCCUGUGUUGUGAGGGUAAUUGCAGUGGGAGCAAGUGUUCUCAAGGCCUUCUUGGAGAGGGUGUGAGUUGUGACAUGACCCUCAAUGAAGGGAGGCCAUCGUCUUCCUGAGAGACUUUUUUUGGACCUCUGCAGUAACAGCCAGGCUAAGCUGUGUUACCAAGGAGCACGCUCUGUCACACAUGCAAUGCUGCCACUGGGUGCACAUGAUCGAAGUAGACAGGAUUUGAAAAGCCUGAACCUCUAACUUGUCCUUCAGAGGUUACUGUGUUCUUGUUCCUUGCAUUAUUCCUUGCAUUCCUGCAGAUACACAGAGCUGGAUGCAUCAAAUGCCUGCUCUAUUUCCUUGGUAAUUUGAAGACUUACGUGGCAGCAAAUUCAAAAGGUUGGGGAAGGGGUGAAGACAUGCACCUUUAUGCUGUGUCUUUUUCUCCAAAUCACCUGAGUUUGCAGUUUUGGAGCACAGGGCCUGUAUAUGAGUCUGCUGCUCUGUGUGGCUUUUGGAGGAAGCCUGCAGCUUCAGGGAUUUGAGGGUGGCAUCACAAAAGCUGAGAUUUUUCCUUUGUAAUUAUUGUUGCUCGUGAUUCUCAGGAUAUUGUUUUCUGAACGGUAGUCACUUAACAGUGCUCAGAAUUCAACUUAUGGUUUAUGUACCAUAUGUGGUUAUAUGCUAAUGUAAAAUUGAUAUGCACCAGAGAAACGUAGAAGUACAUUUCAAAUACCCUGAUACCUGACUGAGAAGAGAUUCCCACUUCAUGAUAAAGAGAGACUUGAGAAAUGGUUGCGGAAUAUGAAGCGGGAUUCGUGGACUCCAAGUAAGCACCAGCUCCUCUGCAGUGAUCAUUUUACCCCCGAUUCCCUGGAUGUGCGGUGGGGGAUACGGUACUUGAAAAAUACUGCUGUGCCAACUAUUUUCUCUUCCUCAGAUGAUGAGGAAAAAGAUUCUUCUCAGAACACUUCACAGCAGGUACAGAAAAAAGACCAGGAAGAAACAAAUGUUGUGUCAGAGAAAGUAUCUGUACCACUUGAACCUUGUACACCAAAGAAAAAUUCUGUAAUUGCACGAAAUGUAGAGGAAAAAGCAGAAGUGAUUUACUCAACUGCACUGAGUGAACCUUUACAAAUUCAAAACCUGCAGCUUCCAUAUGAAGGUGGCUUUCAGGCAGACAGUGUCAUUGUUGAUAGUUUAUCUAAGCAGUACAUGCAUCAGCCUAAUCCUAUUCUAAUGACAGCAGCAGUCCAGAGCAUGAAGGCUACCAGUGUUCAUACUUCUAUAGAGGAUUCAGGAGGUUGUACAGCUACAGUCCUGCAAUUUACAGACCCUGAGUACUUGAAUUCAUCUCUGAAACUGAACAGUGCUUUAGGGUCGGUUACUGACUAUGCAGUUGAAAAUUCUGUCCCUCAUGUGGUCUGUUCUGGUGAAGUGCAGACAAGUGAAGAUGCAGUUUUACUGAGUACAGUCACACAAACUAUUGAACAGUUCAGUGGAAGUGAAGAGUCUGUCAUUGCUAUUAUAAUGCCAGCUGAGAGUCCAGAAGAGCCUGAAAGUGUAAAUACUUCUUUUCUGCCCGUUAAGGAAGAGUUUCUUGACGUAGAGGAUACAGAAGUGAUUGAACGUGACGGAAAUGAAAUACUGCAGACUGAACAUUCAUACUGCAGACAAGACAUAGACAGAGAUCACCUUUGGCAAAAAAUUUCAAAACUCCACUCUAAGAUAACUUUACUUGAAAUGCAAGAGGUAAAAACUUUGGGGAGACUCAGGUCCUUGGAAGCUCUUAUUAGACAAUUGAAGCAAGAAAACUUGCUUUCUGAAGAAAAGCUCAAGUUGGUAGAAAACUACUUUACAACACUUGAAGUGACUAUGAUACAGUAAAGGCUUUCAGUUGAUGGUUCUCAAAUAUCUUUUUAACCUCUUUGACUGUACUUUUGGACAAAUUAACUUUUUUUCCAGUUGUGGUGUUUUAAACAUGUAAUGAAAAUCAUGUGAAUAGCAUUCUUUAAAAUGUAACAUCAAACAAAGCUAAGUGGUAGAAUGUUGUCUGCAAAACAUGACUGGCAAGUAAAAUUUUUAAAAAAACCUGAAUUGGGCAAAAUUUUCUUAAAUGUGUGAAUCAAGUCAGUAAAAGAUAAUUUAACCCUUCUUAGCUGCAGGCUUCUCUGAAACAUGCAAGGCCUGCAUUGGGGACAGCAGUAGAAUGGGCAGAAUAAGCAUAUAGGAUGAACAAUUAUAUACGUACAUAUAUGCAUUGUCCAGUGAGGACAAAAUUGCUCUUUAGUUUUCUGCUCAUCUGACAUUUGUUCUGAUAGUUUUUUUGUAUGCUUUGAUCUUAUUAAAAUUGUUUCUGCAUAAA